AAGCUGGAGGCCGCCAUUGCCGAGGCUGAGGAGCGUGGGGAGCUGGCACUCAAGGAUGCUCAUGCCAAGCAGGAGGAGCUGGAAGCUGCCCUGCAGCGGACCAGGCAGGAUAUGGUGCGGCAGCUGCGUGAGUACCAGGAACUCAUGAGCGUGAAGCUGGCCCUGGACAUCGAGAUCGCCACCUACCGCAAGCUGCUGGAGGGCGAGGAGAGCCAGUUGGCCGGAGAUGGAGUGGGAGCCGUGAAUAUCUCUGUGGUGAAUUCCACUGGUGGCAGUAGCAAUGGUGGUGGCAUUGGGCUGACCCUCAGGGGAACCAUGGGCAGCAAUGCCCUGAGCUUCUCCAGCAGUGCGGGUCCUGGGCCCCCUGAAGGCUUACUCAAUCCGGACCACAUCCACCAGUAGCAGGAGUGCCCGCAACUGAGCUGCCUCCCACCACUCCAUUCCUCCAGCCACUGCCCACAGUCACAAGAAGAUUCCCAUCCCUGCCUCCCAUGCCUGGUCCCAAGACCAUGAGACAGUCUGGAAAGUGAUGUCAGAAUAGCUUCCAAUAAAGCACCCUCAUUCUGAGGAAAAAAAAAAAAAAAA